AUGGUUUGUGUGAAAGAAGAUCGUUUCGGUGGCUACACAGGUGGCCAUAUCUCGGCGAGUGCAGAGGUACAAGCUCGCAUUGCGCGGGCGUCAAGACGCCGAAAACAGGCGAACAAGAUCGACCUCGGACCAGUCAACGCCAAUGAUAUGGGGAUGGAGUGUAGACGCAUCGUAGAACGCGUUUUCGUUUGAAGUUGACGUCUUGUUUGAGAGUAGAUGUGACAGAUUUGCGUAGAAUAGGGUAAGAUGUUAUCAUGAACGGAGAUGAAAGGGCUUUUCCAACACGGAGAUGUAGCAUGGAUCAAAGCAUUUGUUGGAUUUCAGCUUUUACAAGCGGACAUCAACGCAGUAGUAUUUUAGCAAGCUUACGAACGCAUAUAGGAUACCAUCAGGAUU